AAAAAUCGUUCGCAGUGUUGUUUUCUUGUGCUUCGGGUGCUUAGUUUUCUACCAAAGUUAAAUUAGACGCACAUCGCGUUUCAUUCCGCAAUCAAAAAGUUUCCUUAUCAUUGUAUCGUUCUAAAACACAUCUAACAAAUCCUCGAUGAAGAACGAAUCAAUUUCAGUAUAAUUAAAUUCGAUUGAAGCGCUCCCACCCAGCUGACUGCGGGAUGUCUGCCGUUGUCGAUCCAAGGAAACGAUCCCGCGAGGAGGAUGUCAACGAGUUCAUGCCCCUGUCCAAGCGGAUCAACAAUCUGCAUCUGAACAACAACGGAGGGGUCGGAUUCGCAACGGAACAUCACCAUCCGGCUGUCGUGGGUAUGCAUAUGCCGAUCCUGGAGGGUCAUCAGUCGAAUUUCGCUCAGCAGUGUAGCUCUAGUAGCAACAGUUCUGGCAGCACAUGCCAUUCCAUACCGUCGGGUGGGAGUUCCCCCAGCAAUGGUGGCGGUGGUGGACCCAGGUCCGUACAGGAAGCGUUGAUCGUCAAUGGGGAAACGCUGGGCGAGUAUUGCCCGGAUCUGGCCGAACACGAAAAUCCGCACUACUUCAAUCGGAACAAGGUUCUGUACGAGCUGUAUGUGGAGAGGAUGCGACGCGGGCAGUGAGUUUCGCAGGACCCCAAAGGGAUACGUGUCUUAUAUGAUAAGUUUUCGAGAAAGCACCGUUUUCACCUGCUUCAAAUCUCCUUAUGUAUGUAUACUCUGCGAUGUGCGUUUAGGUUUUAGAAUGCUACAAAAUUCUGCAGCCCUUUUAAAGAAAGGGGAUGACGGGGAAUCAUUCCCAGUCUAAUUAUUUUUUUAUGAUCCGUGGCGAAACGCAAACGCCAUCAUCAUGAUAGGAAGUUGCUUCAGUCAUGCUACUACUUUUAUUGCCAAUCAAACAUUAUUAUACUGACGAUAUUUAUUAUAACACACUGAAUAAAAUUAACAUGAAUUACUUUAAAACA